AUGGAAGACGUUAUUUAUGUCGGUGCCUAUUAUUUCUACAAUAAUCGUCCAAAUUGGUCAAACAUAACUACAAUGUUAAUCCUCCAAACUAUCUUAAUCAUAUCCCUUCUAACAAUAAUUAUUCUCUGCCUCAAAAUCCACAGUAAAAUCAAACAAUUACGCGAAAAUGAAGGCGAAUCGGAAUAUUCCAAAAAACUUCAAAAACAAUUCUACAAAGCAUUGGUUUUUCAAACAAUUCUUCCAAUUUUUCUAAUGCUCGUUCCUCUUAAUUUAUUCUUUUUUCUACCGAUUACAGGAAUUGAUGUUACUUAUUAUAGUCAAAUUGCUAAUUUCACAUGUGUUAUUUAUCCAGCACUUGAUCCUCUUCCAAAUAUUCUAAUAAUUGAUGAAUAUCGAAAAGCUUUUCUAUCACAUUUUUUGUUUUGGCGGAAAAAUCGAAUCGAACCAGCAAAUCUGACAAAUUUAGACACCAAUAAUAAAUAA